UGUAUGUAAAUUAUUAGUCUUCUGUUCGUAAAAGGGAAAAUCUAAAAUAUUGUACAUGAAGAGGAGAAAAAGGAGUCCCAAUAAUAGGAACAAAAGAGAUAGCAUCAUUGAUUUGAAUUCUUCUCCAUGGUUGGUGCUCGUGCCACCGCUAAGUUUACCCAUCACGUUCUUAGAUGUGGAUCUCGCGGUUCCAUGUGGCGUCCAUACACAACUAUGCCAAAGCUACAAGCGUUAAGACAUCAAAACACAUAUGAUUACCAAUAGCGUUUACGUUAGCAGCUGCCAUGUGGUGGAACUCAAUCCAUUAUUCUUAUCGCAGCAAUUAUUGUAGCACAAGUUGUUUAAUAUCAUCAACCCCAAAUGCAUAGGUAAAAUUAACAAUGAUAUCUCACUUAAUUAGGUAGGUAAUUAGUAGAGAUUCCAAUUAAAAUUAGACAAUUAGGAAGAUACGACGCAGUUUGGAGCGCAUUGCAUCUUUCCUUCUCUGUGACGAGGGAGCGCACAUGCUUAAAUAGCUUUUUCAAAAAUUCGAAAGUAUUUAAAAAAGAAAAAAUACAGAGAACCUGAUCAAUAAUAAAAGCGAAGAAGAGGAGGAGAGACGAACGAAGAGGAGAAACCAAACACGAGAGAUCCAAUCUUUAUUAAACGACGGACAUGCAAUCACCAGGAAAGGUUCGUCGUAGAGUAUUGGGGAAGUCAUCGGCGCCUCAAAUUUGCAGGCAGCAGUCUUUAACUCGAGACAUAGGCCAUGCGGCGGCGGAAACGUAUUUGAUAACUCGUCUUAGCUUCGACCUUCUUGGAUAUCUCGGGGUAGGUUAUCGGUGGAUCACAAGAUUACUUGCUCUUGCUUGUUAUGCAAUCCUCCUUAUGCCUGGAUUUCUUCAAGUUGCAUAUCAUUAUUUUUUCUCACCCCAAGUUAGGAGGAGUAUUGUAUAUGGAGAUCAACCUAGGAAUAGGCUGGAUUUGUACCUACCACCACCAACAAGUGACGGCCUUAAGCCUGUUGUAGUUUUCGUGACGGGUGGAGCUUGGAUUAUCGGGUACAAAGCUUGGGGUUCUCUCUUGGGACUGCAGCUAGCAGAAAGGGAUAUCAUUGUUGCAUGUCUUGAUUACAGAAACUUCCCUCAGGGAACAAUUAGUGAUAUGGUGAGAGAUGUUUCUCAAGGAAUCUCAUUUGUCUGCAAUAGCAUCUCUGCAUUUGGAGGCGAUCCUAAUAGAAUCUAUUUGAUGGGGCAAUCAGCUGGUGCACAUAUCUCUUCAUGUGCUCUCAUCGAACAAGCCAUCAAAGAAUCAAAUGGAGAGAGAAUCUCAUGGAGUGCUUCUCAGAUAAAAGCUUACUUUGGUUUAUCUGGCGGGUACAAUCUCUUCAAUAUGGUCGAACACUUCCAUAACCGAGGCCUGUAUCGUUCUAUUUUCCUUAGCAUAAUGGAAGGAGAAGAGUCAUUUGAACAAUACUCUCCUGGCAUCCGAUUGAAAGAGCCGAGAGUAAGAAAAGCUGCAUCUCUCUUGACUCAUAUUGUGCUUUUUCAUGGAUCUAAAGACUACUCCAUCCCAUGUGAAGCAAGCAAAACUUUCGCAGAAGCUCUUCAAGGUGUUGAAGUUAAAACAGACCUAAUUGUGUACGAUGGUAAAACUCACACCGAUCUAUUUCUUCAGGAUCCUUUGAGAGGUGGUAAAGACGAGCUGUUUGAUCAUAUAGUCGCUAUGAUACACGCCAAUGACCGUGACGCUUUGGGUAAAGAUGCGGUUGCGCCGCCGAGAAGACGGCUUGUGCCGGAGUUUUUGCUGAAACUGGCUGGUAAGGUCAGCCCUUUUUGAACAAUGAAAACUAUCCGUUUCUUGUAACUUGUUCUUGUUCUGUUUCUUCUUCUUCUUCGAUUUGUGUAUUUAUUUUACUAAUAUACUUUGGAUAUGUAAAAAGACUCCCACAUGUUAAUAUGAUUGAAUUAUAUAGCCUCUCUUUUCCUAAGCAAAGCC